AUGGAAGUCCUUCUGUCCAUUGGGCUUGGGCUGGUCUUGGUGGCAUUGGCUGCUAUCUUCUUGCUGAAGCCGUACUUUGAUUGGAGGGCCAGCUGCGAUCAGGCUCUCGAGUCCCAAGUCGCCAGGACCUCCUUCCAAUGCAGCCCCGGUGAGCUCAUCCCGCCUGCAUGGAAGGCACCCGAAGUAAUCCUGUCCGUCGUGGUGCCAGCUUACAAUGAGGAGUACCGCAUUCCACAAAUGCUGGACGAGACGCUGACUUAUUUGGAGGGACGGGGCGCCUCGUCCUCCUUCUCUUAUGAGAUCAUCGUGGUGGAUGAUGGCAGCGGCGAUAACACCUACGCAGCGGCCCUUUCCGCAAGCCAGGCAGUCUCUUUGCGCCAUGGCGACGUGAAGAUCCUGCAGCUGGUAGCCAACCGUGGCAAGGGCUUCGCAGUACGUGCGGGGAUGCUGGUCGCUAGAGGGCAGCUGCUGCUCAUGGCCGACGCGGACGGGGCAACGUCCAUACGAGAUUUGGAGCGCCUGGAGCAGGCCCUGGGGCCCAAGGACACCGCUCCCCACAUAGCUUUCGGGUCCAGGCAUCAUCUUCGUCAAGAAGCAUUGGCGAAGAGGGCCUGGUACCGCAACAUCUUGAUGGUCGGCUUCCACUUUGCAGUGUGGCUGCUGGUCGGCGGCGCAAUACACGACACCCAGUGUGGCUUCAAGCUCUUCAAAGCCAAUGUAGCAAAAAGGAUCUUUGCGUCCAUGCACAUCUACCGCUGGGCCUUUGAUAUUGAGGUUUUGAUUUUGUCGCAACUCUUCGGCAAGGGCGUAGCUGAGGUGCCGGUUACUUGGGUGGAGAUGCCAGGCUCAAAGCUGAACCUACUCACCGGCGCCCUGACAAUGUUGCGGGACAUGGUGUUGGUCAGAGUGCUCUACGGCGCUGGAGUCUGGCAACCUUCAGUGGCUUGA